AUGGAAUCAUGUGUCUCACCUGGGUUUCGGUUCCACCCAACAGAUGAAAAGCUUGUUGGUUACUGUCUGAGGAAGAAGGUGGCAUCUCAAAAGAUUGACCUUGACGUUAUCACAGAGAUCGAUCUAUAUCAUAGAUGCAGAAUCGGGUAUGAAGAGCAGAAUGAGUGGUAUUUCUUCAGCCAUAAAGAUAAAAAGUAUCCAACAGGGGCAAGAACUAACAGAGCUACCAUGGUGGGAUUUUGGAAGGCUACAGGAAGAGACAAAGCAGUGUAUGACAAGGCAAAACUUAUUGGGAUGAGAAAAUGGACAAAAGUCUGA